AUGUUCAAGGCCGCGAAUCCGUACGAUGACAUCGUUACCAAAGCAACGGCAGAGACACUUACGUCGGAGGACUGGCAGACGAAUCUAGACAUCUGCGACAAGGUCUCGAGCGAGGGAGAGACGGGCGCACGCAAUUGCAUCUCGGCCAUACAGAAGCGCCUCGUCCACCGCAACGCCAACGUGCAGCUCUACUCAAUCACCCUCUCUGACGCCCUGGCAAAGAAUGCAGGCAUAGCAGCCCAUCGCGAGCUGGCGUCGCGCAACUUUACACAGACACUCGCCCGUGUCGUAGCAGACCGUAACACGCAUGACAGUGUGCGCAAGCGCGUUGUCGCUGUUCUGCAAGAGUGGGCAAAGGACUUUGAUGAUGGUGGGGAUGGCAGUCUAGGAUUGGUAAAGGAGACGGUGGAGCAGCUGCGCCAGCAAGGGUUCACGGCCUCCGUCGAUCAGCCAGCUCCUGAGCCUGCAGAGCCCAGCUCGGAACAGCUGCGCAAGGAAGAUGAGGAGCUGAGGAGGGUAUUAGAGCUCAGCAUGCAGGAUCAGGGAGGGCGAGGCGCAACUAGCUAUGGAGGUGGCGCGAGUGGAGACGCUGCAGCGGCCUCGUCUUCAUCCAAGGCGCCGGGCUCUGCCACUGCAGCUCUCCUCGACAAGACGUUGCCCAAUCCCAACGCCAGUGAGACCGCCUCGUCCUCUCGCCAACCUCAACAGCAGCAGCAGCAGCAGCAGCAGCAGCAGCAGCCUACCCCAUCCUCAGCGUCAUCAGCACCCGCGCCCGCGCCCGCUCCCGCGCAACCUGCUCGCCCUUCGCGUGUUCGCGCCCUCUACGACUUCUCCCCCUCGGAAGCCGGCGAGCUGCCUUUCAGCAAAGGCGACAUCAUUCGCGUCCUGGACAGUGUCUACGAGCACUGGUGGCGAGGCGAGCUGCGCGGCGAGGCAGGCAUCUUCCCCGUCAACUAUGUCGAGGUCCUACCCGACCCCACGCCCGAAGAGAUUCGCCGCGAGGCAGAGCAGGAGGCUCGCAUCUUCCAGCAGGCAGGCGACAUUGAUCGUCUUCUCGCCAGAUUGCGCCAGCUCGAAGCGGAGGGAGGCCAAGGGGGCGGAGCUGCCAAUCUGGCGGAAGACGAGGAACUGCAGGACCUUUAUCAGUCUUCCCUUGCUAUGCGACCACGCAUUGUGAGGCUGAUCGAUCGCUAUUCGGGCAAGGUGCAGGAGUUGAGGGCCUUGAAUGACAAGUUUGUAAGGGCGAGAGGCACGUUCGAUGCGAUGAUGGAGAGGAGCAUGGCGGUUCAUCAGCCGGGUCAGAGCCAGGGGCAGUACAUGGGGGUCAGGCCUGAGUAUGGAUACGCGGGACAGCAGCAGGCGCCCCCUCAACAGCAAGGAUAUGCGCAGCAGCCGACGGACCCAUACCAGGGCCAGCAGCACGCUUACCAGGGGCAGGCACAGCCCAACGGCUAUGGUGGGCAGCAGCCUCAGCAACAGCAUGGCGCUCCUCCCCAUGAUGCCCAAGCUUACGCGCAGUGGUAUCAACAACAGCAGCAACAGCAGCCCCAAGCUCCUCCCCAGCAGCAGCAGCAGCAGCAGCAUCAACCUGCGCAGCAGGCUGGCUACCCAGCCCAAAGCUACCCGCAGCAGCAACAGCAGCAACACCCGCAGCAACAGGCCGAAGAGGAGAAGCAGCGUCUCUAUGAGCAGGCUCGCCGUGAGGCCGAAGCGUACCACGCUGCGUAUGGUCACCCGAACACUUAUGCUUCGGGCGCCGGCGGCAGUGGCUCCGGAGGGGCUAUGGCGAAUGCUCCGAGCAGGCCAUGA